AUGGGUAAAGUCUCUAUCCAGGUAAUUCAAGUUGUAUGUGCCGUUACUUGGUCACUUUUAGCAGCCGGUCCCAUUUUCGGUUUUGCAGCUCUCAAACCUAUUUUGAUCAGUGAAGGAGUUUAUUCUGGAUUGUGUCCCGUUGAUAAUGGUGGGAACGCUGGAGAUGGAAUUCCUUGCAGUGCACAAGAUCUAAAACUGAAUAUGAUGUUUACUGUGGGCGCCGGUACUACUAACGUUGUAGCGCUUUUGGUCGGUUGGGUUCUGGAUAACUACGGUAUAAGGGCUUGCGGGUUUUUAGGGUCUGGAUUUUUGGCUGCUGGUGCUCUUAGUUUGGCCUCGGGUUCUUCAAUUACGGUUUUGGACCCUUACAUCUUGGGCUACGUCCUUUUGGCCAUUGGUGGUCCCUUCGUCUUUAUUUCGUCUUUCCCCCUGGCCAACAAUUUCCCUGCGAAAUCGGGUACCGUUUUGGCACUAUUGAUUGGUGCGUUUGAUACAUCCUCUGCACUGUUUUUUUUCUACCGAUUGAUGUAUCAGAAUUGGAUCCCAAAUUUGACACUACGCAAGUUUUUCACCUGUUAUCUGGUGGUUCCCCUGUUCAUCUUUGUUUGCCAAUUGUUCAUCAUGCCACGCGGGUCUCACAAGACUUUGGGCGCGGUUCAGAAGAUGGAAAUUGAGGGUUUGGACGAAGAUGGGAAUUUGCCCUCUGGUGAGGAUGGGUCACACAUUAUCCCUGACGAAGAAGAAAGACAAUCUCUGGUUUCGGGUCAUUCAAGACAGGUGGGGCCCGUUUUGUCCUCCAGUUCACGUCGUAGAUCCAUGUGGGAAAACUAUGUUGAGUCUAAGCUCGAGAAGAAAACCAAGGGAGUUUUUGGAGUCAUGCACGGUUAUCCUGUCCGGAGGCAAGUUAACAGCCCUUGGUUUGGUAUUAUGCUGGUAUUCACAGUCAUUUGUAUGCUGAGAAUUAAUUAUUUCGUGGCGACUAUCAGAUCCCAAGAAGAAUACCUCUUGGGUGAUGCUGCGGCUGCAAAACGCAUCAAUUCCAUUUUCGAUAUAGCUCUACCACUAGGAGGUGUGGUUUCGAUCCCAUUCAUUGGCCUAGUUCUCGAUCAUUGUUCUACUUUGACCGCUCUUACCAGCGUUGUGGUGAUUUCGACCACCAUCGGUGUCCUGGGACUUUUCCCAUCUUUCACGCCAAAUUUGGUUGGAAUCUUAUGUCUUGUAGCCUACAGACCUUACUAUUACACUGUGGUCUCUGAUUACUGCUCCAAAGUGUUUGGCUUUGAAACUUUUGGUACCGUCUAUGGCUUGCUCAUGUGUAUUUCCGGUCUUUGCAACAUGGGACAAAACAUUUUGGACAGACUUACACACACUAAAUUCAAGAUGAACCCUACACCAAUCAACUCAGUUCUCGUGGCCAUAACUGUCGUCUCCGGCUCAGUUCUUCUGAUCUUCGUUUCCAGAGAAAGCAAGCAUAGAGAAGAAAAGAUCAAGCAACUCAAGCUUUUAGCGGAAACCACUGACGAAACUGAGACUCCUCAACAACCAAACGCUACUUAUGGAAGUCUCUGA